CGGGAGUCUCCGUUUUUGUUUUGUUUUUUUAAAAUCUCGCCGCGUCACCGGGAUGCAGCUGCGGGAGCCCGGCUGCUAAACCUGCUACACGCCGCCACCUUCACCGGGAAGGACCACCAAAGAUGGCAUCUUCACCAACAACRAACAAUGCUCGCUUUCUGAUGUGCUUCGACUUCGAUGAGACGAUGAUCAGCGAGAACAGCGACAACACUGUGGUGAAUCUCUUGCCAACCAAGCAGCUUCCCAAAUGGCUCCUAGACAGCUAUCGAGAGGGGCACUACCAUGAGUUCUCAGGAAAGGUAACGGCCUACUUGGCAGAGCAGGGCAUUACCAAGGACGCCCUGCUGUCCGCAGUGCAGAAGAUCCCACCCAAUGCGGGCAUGCUGGACCUCUUCCGCUUCCUGCAGAGCCACCAGCAGGACUUUGAGCUGGUGGUGGUCUCCGACGCCAACACCUGUUUCAUUGAGACGUGGCUGGAGCACAAUGGGCUGGGUCACCUUUUCCGGAAAAUCUUCACAAACUCCUCCCACUUUGACGACAGCGGCCGACUAAUGCUCCAGCCGUUCCACUCGCACUCCUGCCCGCGUUGCCCCGACAACAUGUGCAAGCAGGUKAUCCUUCGCGAGUACGUGGCGGACCGGGAGAAGGAGCGAGGCGGCGUCGGCUUCCAGAGGGUGUUUUAUGCCGGUGACGGGUCCAACGACGUGUGCCCCACUCGGGCCUUGGGACCCCAAGACGCCGCCUUCGCCAGGAGGGACUACCCGAUGCAUAAGCUGAUGAUGGAGAUGCAGCAGUCCGAGUCCACCGAGAUAAAGGCGAACUUAGUUCCCUGGGUMACCGGAGCGGAUAUAGAGGACUAUCUAGCAAAAAUAAUCAAGGAGAGAUGACUUUC